AUGGCGGAGGAGGGCGCCGAAGCGAAGACUGAUGGCAAGGAGACAGAGAUUGAUAUCCCUAUAAGUGUGCCGGCAGAGGGCGCAGAAGGUGAAGCUCCCGCAGAAGGAGCCGCCGAUGCUCCCAAGACCGAUGCAGCUGAAGGUGCCCCAGCCGAUGCCCCUGCCGACGCCGCCGAGGGUGCUGCCGGGGAGAUGCCCGCGGAGGCUGGUGCAGCUGAUGCCCCGGCGGCGGAGGCUGAUGCAACCGCAGCCGCUGAGGGCGGCGCCGAGCCGAGCGCGCCGGCAGACGGGGCGGCCGAAGGCGGCACCGAUGCACCGGGCGAUGCGGCCGAAACCCCAGCGGCACCGGCAGAUCCGACAGCGCCGGCAACUGAUUUGGAGGACAAGGACGAGGAUGGCACUAGAGAAAAACCUGCAGAUGGCAAGACGGAUGAGCCGACGCCACCUGCAGAAGAGUCCAAGGAAGAUCCCGCGAAGUCUGCCGUUGACCGUCUUAGCAAAGGCGUGGAAGGCGUCAUUGGAGACUUCGAAAGCGGACUGGAGGCCAUUCCAGAUCCAUCCUUGCGCUCUGCUCUGGAAGACUGGGCCAAGCGGAUGAACGUCCAUGUGCAAGAGCUGCGGACGAUUAUGAGCGGUGACACCGAGUCUGGUGAGGCCCCAGCUGUGCCACCUCUUCCGGGGGCCCUGGACGAGGAGGAGUCGCGCCCCUCCGUGACUGAAGAGGAGAUGCAAAGCGUCAGGGACAUUGGCCGACAGUUGGCGAGUCAUCGGACAGGCAGAACCACCCAAGAGGUGGAGCAAUGGACGGAUCCCGAAGAGUCUGCAAAGGAGGUGGAAGAGCUUCGGAGAGUCCGGCGCCAGAUCCGCUACAUUUUUGGGGGCAUGCUCCAAAGUCUUCCGGAGACCGGCACCCUACGAGUAGAUGAUUUGAUCAGCGAUGCCGGCACUUCGGAAGCCCAGGUUCGGGCUCCGGUCUCUGAGAAGCCACCACCAUUACCAGGAAAAGCUUCUCGGGACGUGGGCAAAGUGCCAAUGCCGCCUCAGGGAAAGCCAGAAGGUCAUGGUAGACCCAGAUCGGGUGGAACCGAGCUGUGA